UCAUAUUUUCAUUACCUAUAUUAUCUACGUAGUACAGAGUCUGUCUUUUGGUCGAUCGAACCAAGCUACGAACGUAGAUCGUAUAGGAGGUACAUAAUAACAUCAACACCGACUAAAUACCGACUGCAAUAUUAAUAAUACAUAUAAAGAAGACCCGACAUUAUCUGUUGUACAGUUGUUACCUAUACUAUAAUCGUUUAUAAUAUUAUCUAGAGUUAUAUCUAGAGUUCGUUUUAAAACGAUGUUACAGUCAGAUUUUACCUACAUGUUUGUCAAUUUACAGUAAAAUAUUGUUUAGUGUUUAGUGACGUUAGUUUGAUUUAUCUAAUAUAUUAAUUAUUAACAUUUAUUGUUGUUAUUAUAAAUAUAUAUUCGCUUCAAUAUUAUUUCGUCAUUGGCCAUGAAGGUGACGUAUUCCUGGUUAUUAUAUUCAUGUUUAAUUUUCGGAACAGGCAUUUUUUGUGACAGAAAACUAGAAAAACGACAAGCUGUAUCAUCUUGCUCAGUAAAUUCCGAGGAUACUUUUCAUUGUUCAAAUGGACUGUGUAUAGAAUCGUCGGCUGUUUGUGACGGUCAUGCUGAUUGUACAGAUAGUUCAGACGAGACCAAAGAUUUGUGUGCUAGACACAGAUGCCCUAGUUAUGCAUAUCAAUGUAAAUAUGGAGCUUGUGUGGAUAAAAAAGCCAAAUGUAAUGGAAAAAACGAUUGUGUUGAUGGCUCUGACGAAAACUUACCUGAAUGUAGACAAGGUUCUAUAAGCAGUACUCAUAGCAGUGGAUCAUCAAAAUGCCUCGAAGACCAAUAUAAAUGUACAUCUGGCCAAUGCAUUGAUGGAACAUCAACUUGUGAUGGAACUCGAGAUUGUAAGGACGGGUCUGAUGAAACUUCAGCAUUAUGUAAAACAGUCCGGUGUCAAAAGUACACAUUCCAGUGUAAAUAUGGAGCUUGUGUCAGUAAAGAGAGUAAAUGUGAUGGCAUAAGACAGUGUAAUGAUGGAUCUGAUGAAGAACGAUGUGAAAGUAAUAGUAAUAGUCCAUCUUCAAAACCAACAACAACAAGACCUGUGGAUAUUACAACUAAACCAACAACGGAGUCUAAUACAAUGAAUUUAUGCGUUUUACCAACUGUCGAUGGAGUUAUAUAUUCUUUUGAAGGUUCAACAGAAAUUUUACCUCAUGGGUCAUUAGUUAAACAUCACCUUACUGUUUUUGAGAAUUGUGAAGUUGGAUAUCAUAAAGCUUAUCCCAAUGGUUUUAGGGUUUGUCAGACUAAUGGAAAAUGGGUAACAGUUUCUGAUAAAUUAUGUUUCAAAAUGUGUCCACCUCUAUUAUCAGAUAGUUUAGAUAUUAAAUGUACUCUCAAUGGUAAGUAUGCUAAUUGCUCAAAUCUAUCGAUACCUGACACAAUAGCAACACCAUCAUGUAAGCCUACACAUACAGUACCAAAUGGACAAGAUGAGACUCCACUUGAAUUACAUUGUCAGUCAAACGGAUUGUGGAAUAAUAAACUAUAUAGAUGCAUUCCAUAUUGUGGUAAAGUAUAUGUCGGAAAUAAAGUAUUGAUCGAUAAUGGUAAGAAAGCACUCGUUGGAACAGCACCUUGGAAUGUAGGAGUAUAUCAAUUCAAUAAAGAGAAUUUUAAUUAUGACUUGAUAUGUGGAGGUUCAUUAAUUGCUCCAAAUUUAGUCGUUUCUGCGGCUCAUUGUUUUUGGCAAAAAGGAAUAUCUAAUAGAAUAUCAGUGAAUGAUGGUCUAUACAAAAUUGCUGUUGGAAAAUAUGCUAGAGAUUUAAAUGUAAUUGACAAUGACUUUACUCAAAUACUGAAUGUAGAAAUCAUCUACCUGAAUGAAGGUUAUUUUGGACCUAAUGGGUUUCAUGCUGAUGAUAUAGCUGUUAUUGUGUUACCAAACCGAGUUUCUAUUAGUAAUGGUGUCUCACCUGCUUGUGUCGACUGGAAUAGUAAAUAUACUAUACCAAAUGGAGCUCAAGGAAAGAUUGUUGGUUGGGGAAAAACUGAAAAGGGUUUAUCAAGUCCCAUUUUAUUAGAAGCAUCUUUACCAUACAUCAACCACGAUUCUUGUCGAAGUUUGUAUACAAACGGAUUUGAAACAUUUGUGACUGUUGAUAAGUUUUGCGCUGGUUCUGCAUUGGGACAAGGAGUUCGUGAAGGCGAUAGUGGUGCAGGCUUAACCUUUUUACACACUAGUUCUUAUUAUUUAACCGGAGUAGUGAGUGUGAAAGAUCCAAACACAAAUAAUUCAAUUGCAGUUUUUACAGAAGUUAAACACCAUAUUCAAUGGAUUCGUGAACUGUAUAACAAACAUACUUCUUAUGUAUAAUGGCAUAUAUUAAGGUAAAGCAUGAUUAAAGAUAGUAUCUAUAGCUGUGAGGUAAAGUAAUAAAACUUAAUAACUAGUACCUAACAUAGGUUAACUUGUCAAUUGUAGCAAUGAGUCAUUGGUAUCAUUAGUGUACAAUAAUUUCUUUUGGGAUAUUUCAACUUAGUGGCUGUAGCAAUGCAUGCUUGUUCUACCUCCUGUUGAUUUUCAGGUAUUCUAACAUUUUAAUUUUUAAAUAUUGUUGCAGAAACCACACAUUUUUAUUUUAAGAAUCCUAUGUUUGAUUUUAAUUUUUAACACAAAAAAAAAAAAAAUAUAAUUACGUAGGAUGGGGCGAAGUGAACCUACUGGGAUGAAGUGGCCCAUUCUCAUUUUUUUGAAUGUUUAUCAGCAUAACUUUCACUUGGUUUUAUCCAAAUCAAAGUGGAUAUAUAUCCACCUUGAUCCAAAUUAAUUUAAUCAAUUCUACCUCCUUAGCAGUAUGAUAACAAAAAAUGUUUGAUACUUAUGGUUAUAUGUCGUAUAAAAUGUCAUCAAAAUAAUUUUGUUACCAAAACUACUUUUUUGUUUUUAUUUGGAAGUUUUAAAAAGUCAUAAAUAUCUAAAAGUAAGUAAGUAAGUUACUAAAUUGAAAAUAUUCACUCUUAAUAAUCUUAUCACUAAGUUCAUAUGAAUUAAUUAUUUCAAUCAUAAUUGUAAAUUUGUUGUUAUUUAGUUUAUGGCGAAACAAUUUGUAGACAGUUUUAAAAACGUCGGGUGAAUCAGACCCUCUCAAAAUACCAAGAAACUACAAGAAACAAUUAUAUACUGGUCGCUAUAAUUUGAAGUACCUACACGGAACAAAAUUUAACACUGGGAGUUAAAUCUGUGAAAUUAAAUCAAAUUUCUUUACGAAAAUUAUUUAAGAACACUUUUAUAUUUAUAAAUUUAGCUUAUUGCAUAUAUUAUGAAUAAACAGGGAAAAUUAAUUGUUAUACUCAAAAUGUGGUCUAACUAUUUAAAAAAAAAUGCAACUUAGUGGUCCACUUCAAAACUAGAAUUUAUUUAAGUAGUUUUUAAUGAAAAUCAAAUGCCUGGUCCACUUCACUCCACAUAUAUGGGUAAAGUUAACCAAUUUUUAAAACAAAAAAAAGUAUAAAAAAAAUCAUGAAUAGGUAGUUGUAUAAAUUCACGCAUAUAGAUUAUAUUAUAUUUCAAGUUUCAAUCGUUUUCAUCAAAUAGAUUUCUUCGGAAUCUUAAGAAAUAUACCAAAAACUGGUCCACUUCACCCCGUCCUACGGAUACCCACCAAAUUUGAACGUUUCUCUUAUUUCUAUAGACAAAUCGAUUUGUUUGUAUUGUUUUUCUAUUCAGCGUAGGUUAAUUUUACUUUCAUUUUGGCUUCCUACAACAAUAGUAGUUUACUUUAACAUUACUUAAAUUGAAAAAGCCAUAAAACUACUAAAAAAAUUAUCAAAAUCUAUUCAUAUUAUCCAGACUGAAUAGUGUAAAGUACCUAGUUUUACUUAAUAUUAAAAAUACCUAUUUCAAAUAACAUAGAAAAAAAUAAUUCAGAAUCACAUAAACAAAAGUGUUAUAUUGUAUGGGAUAUUGUGAUUUUCUUUUCUAAGGAAUAAUAAUAAGUAAUAACAUAAUAUUAUAUCAGUUAAGAUACUAAACAAUAAUAUAAACCUUGAGUCUAAGAUAUAGAUAAAUAGUUAAUCUGUUAUGCUGUGUUACCUGUUCGUAUUAUUCAAACACACAGAUAAUAAAUGUACAAUAAUAUUUUA